AUGUGUGCUAUGUGUCCCACUCGGCUGAACGCAGACGUCACAUCCUGGCCGGGAGGGAGCACAGCCUCCAGCACCUCCUCACUCUUCAGGUUCUCGUAGGUCAACCUCAGCUCAUAGUACUGCAGCUCCUCCAAUACGUCGAAUGACCUGAGAGCUUCUGCCUCAAGCUCGCUAAAAGAGUUCAGUGAGGACACUCUGUGAGGGUCCAACAGCACCAGCUUAAAGUCUGGACUGUCCUCAUUGUCCUGCACCACUCUGCAUAUCCCUGGACGCUGGAUGGUGGACUUUUUCAAGCUCUUCGUCACUUUGUUGAUUAACCGCGUCGGCACCCGUAGAGCUGGGACGGUGAUGGCCUGUGUGAAAGCCUCUUUGUCCAAAGACGUCAUACCGCGGACUUGUGGAGGCGGUUUGUAUAAUUUGUGCUCCAUCGGGGUAUUCACUGCACAGUUAAUAGAGGUGGGGGCUGGAGAGAUGAGGGUCCGCCACACAGAGGAAACGUUUAGCUUGUUUCGUGUCUGCACUUGUGAAAAAACUCGGAUGAUGAGCCUGUAAUUACGGAAUUUCCGUUGUUGUGAAGCAUAAAGGUACACAAACUAACUAUUUCUAUGAAAAAAAAUCUAUCAAGUAUAAAGUAUUCGCUGUUUAUUCGCUUAUCACAUGAAAAAUCAGUGGGAACUCACCUCAACAUCCUUCAGUCGCAGCCAUGUGUCAAGAAUGACGUCAUUCCCACUGGACCGAAACUCUCGGCUGAUUGGUCGAAUGAGCAUAAAGUCUGUCUCUGAUUGGUCCGUUUUUGUAGGAAUGUCAUACAUGCGACGGAAAUGACAGGCACGUGACUUGGUCACUCAUAGGCAACAAUAACAAGCUGGAAAUGAGAGAAGAGUGAGACUAUGGGGCUGUAAUUGUGUCUGUUUUUGCACCAAAGACUUCGUGAGGCUUUAUUUCAGUUGUGGGGUGGUGUGUGUUUUUUUUUUCUCGAGGAAAAUGAGUAUCAACGGGAAUGCACACACCGAAGCGACGCCACUGUUAAAUCAGAGUGGGAUUAAAGGCGCUUCCUUUGCCUCGUCAGUGUUUAACCUGAUGAAUGCGAUCAUGGGCAGCGGUAUUCUGGGUUUAGCUUAUGCCAUGGCAAGCACCGGCAUAGUUGGCUUCUGUAUUCUGUUGAUACUUGUAUCCAGCCUUGCAGGGUAUUCCAUACACCUCCUCCUCAAGCUUUGUGAUCUGACAGGAAUCAAUUCAUAUGAAGAUCUUGGAGGACGAGCGCUACAAAAACCAGGAAAAGUUCUCGUUGCAGUUGCUAUCCUCGUCCAAAAUGUUGGGGCCAUGUCGUCAUAUUUAUUCAUCUUGAAGUCAGAGCUUCCUGCAGCCAUCACCAGUUUCCUAAGUCCAGACCAGUCCGGAGAGACAUGGUAUCAAGAUGGCAGAGUGCUGCUGAUCCUCAUCACACUAUGUGUCAUCCUUCCUCUUGCAAUAUUGCCAAAAAUUGGUUUUCUGGGCUACACCAGCAGCCUGGCCUUCUUCUUCAUGCUGUACUUUGUCAUUGUGGUCGUGGUCAAGAAAUGGUCAAUCCCCUGCCCACUGCCACAAAACGUGACCAAAUGUCUAGGUGUAUUUCAGGUGUCAAAUUUCUCCAACUCAGAUUGCACACCCAAACUCUUUGUCAUCUCCAGUCGCAGUGCCUAUGCCAUCCCCACCAUGGCCUUCUCCUUCCUGUGCCACACAGCCAUCCUACCAAUCUACUGCGAACUGGACCGACCGACUAAAACAAAGAUGCAGAAUGUGACCAACGUCAGCAUCAGCCUCAGCGUCCUACUCUACCUCAUUUCUGCCCUCUUUGGCUACCUCACAUUCUAUGCUCAGGUGGACUCUGAGCUAUUGCUUGGCUACGAUGCAUACAUGCCACGCGACAUCAUGGUGAUGACUGUUAGGCUCGCCAUCCUCAUCGCUGUGUUGUUGACCGUACCUCUAAUUCACUUCCCGGCUCGCAAAGCCAUCAUCUUGCUCCUCCGUGGAAAUCAUCCAUUUUCCUGGCUGAUCCACAUCACAACAACUGUGGUCAUCUUGGGCACAGUCCUGAUGCUGGCCAUCUUUGUGCCUGAUAUCAGAAAUGUUUUUGGAGUAGUGGGAUCAACGACAUCCAGCUGCCUCCUGUUUGUUUUUCCUGGCAUCAUUUACCUCAAGAUUAGCUGCCAGCCACUCCGAUCUUUUGACUCCAUCGGGGCGAUGGCUCUGGUGGUCUUCGGUGUGAUUAUGGGCGUCAUCAGCUUCUCGAUCAUUGUCUUCACGUGGAUACAAAGCUUUUAGCCCUCAUUCACACAUCACUAAGCUUAAGGGUGAACUGAGAGGUUGCUACCAAAUAACUUGGAUGAAAUAAAGGGACAGGUGCUAAUCAA